AGAGAUAGCAGUAGCAGAGAUGGUCAAGCUCGCCGCCCUCGCCUUGCUCGCGCUGCUGGGGUCCGUGGCGUGCCAAGGUGACAAUGGUUCACCCGCGGACUCACCGGCGGCGUACCCGCCUAGCCGAAGCGUGCCUCCAAGCUCGGCUCCGGCGAGCCCGAGCACUCCAGCUGCGAGCCCCAGCCAGCCCAUGCCGAGCCCGAUUGUGUUGAGCCCGAGCCCGACCCCGCUCGCUCAGCCUCCUAGCCGCGGCCUAGGCGCACCGAGCCAAAGCCCGCCGGUAUAUCCACCAAGCGUGAGCCAACCCGCCUUUCCUCCGUCUGGUUCUUCCAAUGCCCCGAGCGCAAGCUCACCGGAGUACCUUCCUAGCCCUAGUCCAAGCGUGUCUAGUCAAACUCCACCCACAUAUUCACCUGACCCAAGUCCACCUACUUCUCCUAGUCCAAGCCCGUUGAGCCCGAGCAAAAUUGCCUAUCCACCAAGCCCAAGCCCUAGCCAACCCACAUAUCCUCCUAGCCCAAGCCCAAUCAAUCCAAGACAACCUCCCAGCCCAGGUCCAGCAUCUUAUAUUCCAAGCCCUAGCCCAAGCCCGGAUAGCCCUGCUCCAGCCCCUUUUCCUCCUAUCUCAAACUCACCCAGCCCUGGGCUCAGUGUCGGUCACUACAGCUACUCAUGCCCAAAUGCAGAAGCUAUCGUCAGGGAGGCCGUGAAGAACGCCACGGAGAAGAAUCGCGGCACCGGCGCCGGGCUCAUCCGUCUCUUCUUCCACGACUGCUUCGUCCGGGGGUGCGAUGCUUCCGUUCUCCUCAACACGACCGGCUCCGGCGAACCCACAGAGUUAAAGGGCCUGCCGAACCUGACCCUCCGGGGCUUCGAGGUCAUCGACGCGGCAAAGGCGGCGCUCGAGGAGGCCUGCCCCGGCGUUGUCUCGUGUGCGGACGUCCUCGCCUUCGCUGGCCGCGACGCCACCUUCUUCCUCACCAACCGCACGGCGGCCUACUUCCCCAUGCCGGCCGGCCGCUACGACGGGCGCGGGUCUUUCUCCAACGAGACCACCCUCAACCUGCCGUCGCCCUCCUCCGGCCUCCAGCAGCUCAACGAGAGUUUCCACGCCAAGGGGCUGAGCCUCGAGGACAUGGUCACCCUUUCCGGCGCGCACUCGGUCGGCCGCUCUAGCUGCUCGUCCUUCCACGACCGCCUCUCCCCCAACUCCUCCGACAUGGACCCCCAGUUCGCGAGCUCCCUGCGGAAGCAGUGCAGCGGCAGCGACCCCACCGCGAUGCAGGACUUCAAGACCCCCGACGACCUGGACCGGCAGUACUACCAGAACGCCGUGGACCACAAGGUGUUGUUCACCUCCGACGCGGCGCUCAUGGCGUCGAACGAGACGGCGAAGAUGAUGCUCGAUAACGCGCAUGUCAGUGGGCUGUGGGAGAAGAAGUUUGCGGCGGCGAUGGUAAAGAUGGGCGGCGUCGGGAUCAAGACCAGCGUCGACGGCGAGAUCAGGAAGAAAUGCUGGAUCAUCAACAAAGUGUGACGUGUCGAUCGAUCACGUGGUUCAUCGUAAGAUGGUCUCAUGAAUUGAUCGAUGCCACGUUCGGCACAUGCAUGCCGUUUGGUGAUGAUUUCUUUUUUCUGUUUUAUUUUUUUUCAGACUAGGACGACAUGCAAAAUAUAGUACACUUCUGUUCGGAAUUCUUUUGACGUAUAUAUGGAGUGAGAAACUUGGAACUA